CGCCGCAGCAGUGGUGGCUCCGCGUCCAAAAGGGGUCCUGCGACUCUUUCGCGGGGCCAGUCGGGCGCUGGGACGUGGAGCCCCGUACAACUCCCGCUGGUCUCUGAACGGGGAUCUCUUCUCCCGAGAGUUGCGAGCAACUUUACCCUGUCCUUGGCAUCGCGGUGGCUCGGGGACCGUGGCCGCCGCAGGUUACUGAACCCCGCGCUACGCUCCCCUGGCCUCGGCUUCGCGCUCGCGUAGAUCGCUUCCUCUCUGGUGCACACUGGGGGUCCCUGACCUCGACUGUGCGGGCGAGAUGCCCCUGGGACACAUCAUGAGGCUGGAUCUGGAGAAAAUCGCCCUGGAGUACAUCGUGCCCUGUCUGCACGAGGUGGGCUUCUGCUACCUGGACAACUUCCUGGGCGAGGUGGUGGGCGACUGCGUCCUGGAGCGCGUCAAGCAGCUGCACCGCAACGGGGCCCUGCGGGACGGCCAGCUGGCCGGGCCGCGCGCCGGCGUCUCCAAGCGGCACCUGCGGGGCGACCAGAUCACGUGGAUCGGGGGCAACGAGGAAGGCUGCGAGGCCAUCAGCUUCCUCCUGUCCCUCAUCGACAGGCUGGUCCUGUACUGCGGGAGCCGGCUGGGCAAAUACUACGUGAAGGAGAGGUCCAAGGCAAUGGUUGCUUGUUAUCCAGGAAAUGGAACGGGUUAUGUUCGCCAUGUGGACAACCCCAACGGUGACGGUCGCUGUAUCACCUGCAUCUACUAUCUGAACAAGAACUGGGAUGCCAAGCUGCAUGGCGGGAUCCUACGGAUAUUUCCAGAAGGGAAAUCAUUUAUAGCAGAUGUGGAGCCCAUUUUUGACAGACUCCUGUUCUUCUGGUCAGAUCGCAGGAACCCACAUGAAGUCCAGCCUUCCUAUGCAACCAGAUAUGCUAUGACUGUUUGGUACUUUGAUGCUGAAGAAAGGGCAGAAGCCAAAAAGAAAUUCAGGAAUCUAACUAGGAAAACUGAGCCUGCCCUCACUGAAGACUGACCAUGCUCUGAAAUCCGCUGGCCUAGUUCAUGUUAGUGACAAUUCCUGAAUUCCCUUCAAGAGUUGAGAUCCAAAGAUGGCCUUGUCCGUGGCGACGAACUCCCCCCUGCUGCUUGCAUUGUUCACAUCCCUGUCUUGCAUGUGGUACUUCAUAUUUUCUUGCCGAGACUGCACUGAACUUCAGAUACUCUCUUUAUCAGAUGAACUCAUUGGCUAACUCCAGAAAUACCUGCAGACAUCCUACCUGGCCAGUGGUUUAGCUGAUAGAUUUGGCAAUACUGGCUGUCAGAACAAGAGCCUGGAAGCGCAGGCGAGGGAAGGAAUCUUACUUGCACUUUACGUAUGCUUCAUGAUUUGAAAGGAGGAGGCUCACGAAGAAAAAAAGUAAUGACAGAUGCUACAGGGAGAGACAUCACUGAAGCCUUAACAGCAGGAAACAGAAAUUUGUGUCCUCUGAACAAUUUCCAGAUGUUCUUAAUCCAGGGCUAUUGGAGUUUCUGGACAAUUAUUACAACCCAAUGACAUUAUUACCUCUAGAAAGGGCUGCUGUCAUUGUUGUCAAUAUGUAAGUGUCCCAUGGGUUGUGCUCUCCUUUCUCUUGUAGUCCUACAACCUGGAUUUUCUGCCUCAGCCCGAUUUUGCUGAAAAUAAUGACUUUCUGAUCAAAGAUGAUGCCAUUUUUCUCUAUUUUCACUUCUUACCUAGAGAUCCUAAUUCUUAAUAGGUUAAAACUAGACAUUAACUGUUUUGAUGGCUUUGUUAGAAUGGAAUUUUAAUUUAAAUCAGAGGAAAACAAUCUCUCUGGUUUAAUGUCAGCCUGUGAUAAUUGUGGAAAGAGCUAGGUCUAAUGAUCUACAAUAAACGUGUGCAUCUUGAACAAUUUGAGAGGGAGAUGGAAUUGGAAAUGUGGGUGUUCCUGUUUUUUUCAAUUUUCCUUUUUUAAUGAGCUCACCCAUCUUCUUUAACAAAAUGAAAAAGAAUAGGAUGCUGUAUUUUAAAAAAGAAAAUAGAAAUUUAAAAAUCUCAAAGCUAUUUGAGUUCUUCUAUGUUGUCUGUUUCAAGCAGCCUCUCUUCAGCCAACUUGACUCUUCAGAUCCACUGUUGGUGGUGGUGUGGCCAGAGUCAUGGAAUUUGCUAGAACUGUGGAAGUUUCUGCCAUUGCAUUCUACUGCUGCAGUUAGCAGAGAUUCCACUACAUCAAGAGCUGUAUUAAGCGUCUAUCGUUAUAAAAGUUACCCCUCUUAGUUUUCAGUUCUACUUUCAUGUUUUUAAAAUCCUUUUAAUUUCUUGCUUGAAAAUCCCAUGAACAUUAGAGAGCCAGAAAUGUUUUCUUUUGUCAUGUAUGGAUAUAUAGACUUUCCAAGAAAGAAGUUUAUUUUUUCCUUUUUUGGUUUUGGAAAAUUUCCAGAUAAGACAUGUCACCAUUCAUUCUCACAACUGCUCUAUUUUGUUUUACCAUAGUACUUAUUCUAACUUACUAUGUAGUUCAAUUAUUUAUUAUGUUUAUUGUCUUGUAUCCUUCCUCUGGAGUGCAAGCACAACGAAGACAGGGAUUUUGUAUGUCUUUAAUCAGUGAAAUAUAUUUCCAGCAUCUAAAAUAGUGCCUGGCACAAAGUAAGGGCUCAGUAAAUGCUUGUUGAAUAAACUCAUUUCCUUCAUCUUUGGCAGGAUGGGCUGGCUAGAAUUUUUACAUACAUCUUUCUACCAUUGUUGACUCAUAAAUUUAGGGUAAGAAUUUUCGGCAGGUUUAAUCAUAGUAUCAUUUCAUAUUUGCUUACCUAUGAAUAGGUCACUUAUUGGCCACUAUGAAUCUAAAAACUGAACAAUAAUAUUUCUGCCCUUCUGUAUCUUGGGACAUAAUGUAAGAGUAGCUUCAGGAUAAGACAGAGUACUUUCCUCCUUUGGAACAAUUUUGAAAAACUUCAAUAAGAGAGAAAGAAGGAAGGUUAUUUAUUAGGAAUUUUAUAUUCUGUAAAAUUGUAAGUACGUUUUUUCCAUGAUUACUAAUGUCAUGAGAAUGCUAGUGACCACAUUCUGAAGGCGUAUCAUGUAGUUCCAAUAGUACAUCUUAUAUUUUUCAUUUUAGUUAAUAUUUUAACUUACCAAAAGAUCUGACCUCUUAGGUCUUGCUUAUUUCUUCCAGACAAAGGUCCUAUAAACUAAUAAACUAUAUAACAAAUCAA